AUGGCUUGGAUGCCGAGCUGGCAGCACAACGGGGACUGGUUCAACGCCUGCGCCGCCAAGCAAGGCAAGGAGAUUGACACCUUGCAUGCGCCGGACACGCAGGAACAGCUGGGAGGGGCGCAGCCGCUGGUUGGGGAGGACGCUGCGGCGUUUGACUGGGGCCAGCAGAGCCUGCGAUCUUGGGGCAUCUUCGGCGUGCUGCUGACCGGCGUGCUGGGGGCGCUCUAUGCGGUCUGGAUCCAGCCGGGCGUGGGCGCUGGCGCGGGCUACCUGCAGGCGGUGGAGGCGCUGACCGACGGCAGCCCCGAGGGCACCAUCAUCGCGCUGCUGGCCAUCUUUGGCGUCGCGCACAGCGGGCUCGCCGGCCUGCGCCCCGCGGCCGAGGACGUCAUUGGGGCGCGCGCGUACCGCGUGGUGUUUGCCCUGGUGUCCCUCUGCCUGGCGGUCGUGCCCAUCGCCUACUUCAUCAACCACCGCUACGACGGCCUGCAGCUGUGGAACGUGCAGGGCGUGCCCGGGGUGCACUCUGCUGUGUGGGCCGUGAGCUUCCUGUCCUUCUUCUUCCUCUACCCCUCCACAUUCAACAUCCUGGAGGUGGCUGCGGUGGACAAGCCGAAGCUGCACAUGUGGGAGACCGGCAUCAUGCGCAUCACCCGCCACCCCCAGAUGGUGGGGCAGGGCCUGUGGUGCGCGGCACACUGCCUGUGGACCGGCAGCAGCGUCGUCAUCGCGGCCUCAGUGGGGCUCAUGGCCCACCACCUCUUCGGCUGCUGGCACGGCGACAGGCGCCUCAGGGUGCGUGGCGUUCGUGUUGCCGUGCCGGGCGUGCUAGAGUGCAGCAGGAGCCCUCCCGGGUCUUGA